AUGAAUUUCCCCAAGGGUUAUUUCUUUCAAAAGCGGCGAUUGUUGUUACCACCGGGGUUUGUUUCUAUGGCGCGCUCGCUCCUGCGGGAUCCAUCGGGCUUUUGCGAGGCUCCUUUCGUUGAGAAAUCGAAAAACUUGAAUCCAUUUAGGCCCAUGCAAAGAAGAGAUUUCCGAAAUGCUUGGCGCCACGGUUGUCGCACCAAAAGAAAAACACGUUGUUUUUUUUUUUUUUUUCUUAGCGAACCUUCCUCUACCAAUGCAAGGCGGCCCGCCGAAGCCCAACCCCAAAAACUUGUUUCGUCCAAUAUCGGCUGA